GUGCCAAUAAGCGAAAAAUCGAUUAUCGAUUUUUUUCAGCAGGUGGAAUGCAUUCAAUGUGUACAAUUAUGGCGAUCGGCAUCACAACGUGAAACGAAGGCCUGUGGACCGCAUGCGAAAACAUGCAAAGGAAGUGCAUGUUUUAUGCGCCAAUGUAAACACUGCCCUAUUUACCAGUAUAUGUCCGGAUGUGUGAAUUUAACUCCGUGGCAAUUGGCUGACAUAGAAGUCAACCGCAGACGUUCUGAGCUACGAUUGCGACGAGUCGGUGCAGUAUUAUUAUGCGAAGACACUUUCAAUCAAACGACGUGUAUUUGCAACAGAAGAGAUAAGUGUAACUCAAUACAUGCGCGAUUGCCAUUUUCGACGUAUGGAGAGGGAAUCUUCAGCGGAGUUGUGAACUUCGAUCAGAUCAUUGCAGAUCAGGAUCCGAGGUCAGUACAAUACAGACUGAAGAAACGGGCAGGACUAGGGUUCAGGCAAAAAUGA